GAGCCAUCCGCCGCCCGCUGGCCUGUUGUGUUGCUCGUCCGUAAGGCAGAGAGGAGGAGCGGGUGAUUUUGCCGCAGCGGCGGCCAGCGGCGGUGCGCGUAAUCCCUGUCGCUGUCGCCCCCGCCCGCCCUCGGAGCAGAAGACAGGCGCGGCACCACGCACCCCCGCCCACCACCUCCACCUCCGCGGCCGAGAACCCGAGAGGCCCCAAAUCCUAACCACCGCGGGGCGGCCUCAUCCUCCCGCUCCCACCACCCGUCGCCCGCGCGCGCGCCAGAUCGCUGCGGCGGCGCCCGCGCGCGGAUCCAAUGCGGCUGCUGCUGCGGUAGCUGCGGGAGGCGGCUGCAGCGCUGGUUCCUGGUUGAUGCGGCGGACGACGAUCUGAGGAGGAGGGGAUGGCGGCGUCGGCAUCGGCAUCGGCAUUGGCGGAGCGGCAGGCGCGCGGCGGCGUGGCGUCGGCGAGCGGCAACGCGGUGUUUAAGAGUGGCCCUCUCUUCAUAUCAUCCAAAGGAAUUGGAUGGAAAUCAUGGAAAAAACGUUGGUUCAUCCUCACAAGAACAUCGCUGGUUUUCUUCAAGAGCGAUCCUAGUACAUUGCCUCAGCGAAGUGGUGAAGUGAACCUUACAUUGGGGGGAAUUGACCUGAAUAAUUCCGGAAGUGUGGUAGUCAGGGAAGACAAAAAGUUGCUGACUGUCCUUUUUCCAGAUGGCCGUGCCUUUACCUUGAAGGCAGAAACUUCUGAAGACUUAUUCGAGUGGAAAACAGCACUGGAAGAAGCUCUUGCACAGGCUCCAAAUGCAGCUCUUGUGAUGGGACAUAAUGGAAUAUUUCGUAAUGACACAACAGAUGUAUACGAAGGGGCUAUUCCAAAUUGGAGAGAGAAGAGACCUAUCAAAUCACUAGUUGUUGGCAGGCCAAUACUACUUGCACUGGAAGAUAUAGAUGGCAGUCCUUCUUUUCUAGAAAAAGCUUUGCGUUUCCUUGAGAAACAUGGAAUAAAAGUGGAAGGAAUUCUGCGUCAAGCUGCAGAUGUGGAGGAGGUUGACAGGAGAUUGCAAGAAUAUGAACAAGGAAGGACAGAGUUUGCACCAGAAGAGGAUGCUCAUGUUAUUGGUGACUGCGUAAAGCAUGUUCUUCGUGAGCUUCCAUCUUCUCCAAUUCCUGCUUCCUGCUGCACAGCAUUAUUGGAAGCUUUCCGUCUGGAGAUCAAGGAAGCUCGGAUCAAUUCGAUGCGUGCAGCAGUAUCUGAAACAUUUCCUGAGCCUAAUAGGCGGCUGCUACAGAGAAUUUUAAGAAUGAUGCAUACCAUUGCUUCUCACACUGCUGAGAAUCGAAUGACUCCAUCAGCAGUUGCUGCUUGUAUGGCCCCGCUCUUGUUACGUCCCCUUAUGGCCGGUGAAUGCGAGAUGGAAGAUGACUUUGACAUGAAUGGUGACAGUGCUGCUCAGCUUAUUGCAGCAGCUAAUGCUGCUAACAGUGCUCAAGGCAUUGUCACCACUCUAUUAGAGGAAUACAAUAACAUAUUCAACGAUGAGCACCUCUGGUGCUCCUUGUCACCAGAUUCUCAAACCGGAGAUAGUGGAACUGAAGAAUCAACACAUGAUGAAACCGUGGAUAUCAAGGAUAAUGGAUUUCAUGAUGCAGAAAAUGAUGCAGAUCAGGACUUAGAUGAUGCUGAGCGAUUAUUGAGUGGAAAAUUGAGUGAAACCAGUGCGUGCACCCGUGCUGAGCUCUAUGACUACAAGGAGGUUAAUGGCAAUGAUUCAGACGCUGAACCCUCUGUUGGGGAUAACACUUUGGAACCAAAUAUAGGACCAAAUGAUGAUCCGCUAAGCCAUUUAACUGAAACUGGCUCAAUGAGAGUCCAACAAUCAUUGAAUGGAAAAGAUCCAUCAAAUCUGGUUUCCAGUCAUGAAACUCCAUUGUCAAUGGGAGAAAUUCUUUUGUCGUUGGAUGCUGGGAUUCAAUUACCUGGUCCUGGAGCUGAAUAUCCUAAGGACAGACACUCCAACAAACCCAAUGGAACUCAGCAGCAUGUGAAGCGUUCUAACUUAUGGGGACGUAAUAAUGCAAGAAAAGGCCAACAGUCGGAAUUAAUUGAUCCAUCUGUCGAAGAAGAGCUUGCUAUCCAAAGACUUGAGGUAACAAAAAAUGAUCUACAGAUCAGGAUUGCAAAGGAGGCUAGAGGUAAUGCAAUCCUACAGGCAAGUCUGGAAAGAAGAAAACAAGCAUUACAUGAGCGUCGGGUAGCUUUGGAACAGGAUGUGUCAAGGUUGCAAGAGCAACUACAGGCUGAAAGGGAUCUUAGAGCUGCACUCGAGGUUGGAUUAAGCAUGUCUUCUUCACAAUUGUCUAGUUCACGCUCCAUGGAUUCAAAGAAGCUGAUGUUGCAAGAUUGUCGGUGCCCUGACCCGGCGGUCCGGACCCAACCAGUGAUGAUGCUGCGUGUUCCUCGUCCCAGAUGUUGAUGCAAGAGGCAAUACAAUAACGCACGGGUUUAUCCUGGUUCCGGCUGUGGGGCCGUACGUCCAGCAAAGGGGUGUGCGAGAGCACUGUACUAUCUUGCACCGGGGGUGUUUGUAGUAGGGGGUACAAGCGAGGCGAGAGAGGGAGGUAAGCUCCCAAGUCUCCGCUAGAGGAGAAGUUGAUUGAGGCGAGUGACAAUAUCGGGGUUCAAAGGAGCGUAUGUGCUCUGCUAGUAGUGCGAAGCGUUAUUUUCUACCGAGUGGGCCGACCCCCUCUUAUAGACACAAGGAGGGACGGUGUACAUGCACAGGGGAUCAUGGAAGUCGUCGUCUUCUCCCCGAAUCGCGGGGGUACAGUGAUCGAGUACUGUGGGAAGUACACUGUGGGGUAUGGCGCCGGUCGUGGCAGUCGUCCUGGGUAUCGUCCUUGACUCCAUCUCACCGGACCAACGAUUCCGGACCCGCUUCCCGCUCGGGGACGGGUCCAGUGUCACCACAUGUCCCAGAGGUGGAAAAUGCUCAGCACCUGUGGCCGCGGACCCGGACCCUCGCGAGUGGGUCCGGGACCUUCACGUGCCAUCCGGACUCCUGCGGAUGGGUCCGGGACCUCCACGUGCCAUCUGGACUCCCGCGAGCUCUCGGCUCAGCCAGCUGCUCGGGAGGGGUCCGGAGCCACCACGUGUCACGCAGACGCGGGCACGGGCAGAGAUCGCGCCGGCGUCCUGGCUCCAGCGGGCGGCAUGGUCGUUGCUGUGGGGGGUACCAUCCUCUAGGCGUGGCGUGGCGGCGUUCCGAGGGUCCUACAGGCCAGGUUCUUGUCCCGGUCAAGGCCGGAGCCGCUUCCAAGGGUCGUGCCCAUGCCGUUCGAGGGCUCCGCGGAAGGGAAAGUACGAAGGAGGUAUGUGGAGUUGACAGUAUAGUAGCUGGAGCAGUGCUGAGCACGUCUUGCACCACGUCGCAGGUUCCCACAGUGUCGCCACAGCGUCCGGAAUGGCAGAGCAGUGACCGGAGUUGGCGGACGAGACUCCGGUCACAGCCACUGUGGGGAAUGGCGGCCUGACGCCAUCUAACCCGGGCGCUGUGGAGGAGUGGUUGGCAUUAAUGCCUCCAUACGGCGGGCGGGUGAGCGGAAGGGCCGUUUGUCCCUUUCGCCGAAGGGUGGCCUUGAGCGAGGCGGAGACGAUCCGCUCUCUUGAGGGCAGGCUCGCUACCCUCGAGCGAGGCGGAGACGAUCCGCUCUCUCGAGGGCAGGCUCGCUACUCUCGAGCGAGGCAGAGACGCGGGGCGCGGUCGAGGGCUUCGACGGGUAGCCCUCGAGCGAGGCGGAGCUCACCCCGCGGGUCCGAGAGAGGGGUGCGGAUGGGCCGCACUGCGUACGUGGGCCGUGCGUUGAGCUUCUGAGUUUUUUCCUUUCUUCCAGGUUGGAAGGGGGCUGUAGGCCUUCGUGGGCCCGGUUGCUCAGCAUACGUUUGCGUUUUUAGGGCGGUUUUAGUCUCUUGAUUAGGGUCCCCCUAAUCAUGGUACCCGACAAAGAUUAAAACAGAAGGUUGCAGAGCUUCAUCUCCAACUCAAUCAACAGCGCCAGCACCAGCAUGGCUCUUCUGUAGAUGCUAAUGAUCGUUAUCAACACCUUCCAAGUCAUAUCUCGCAGAAUAUUGUCCAACCAGGAUUUGACAGGAGCAUUGCUUUCUGUAAUCAAGAGAAGACGCAAAGGAAUAAGGGUGUUGAAUAUGGGAGAUCGCCCGCUGUGCCAUCGUCCACUCUGGUUGAACUAACGACGAGACUAGAUUUCUUCAAAGAACGGCGGUCACAGUUGAUGGAACAACUCCACAGCCUCGAUUUAGGUCAUGGAUCCGCAUCCCAUGGUUUCCCAUACAAGCCUUCGCCUCCCUGGAACAGUCCAAGGUAGGUGGUUGCUCGGUUGUUGCAAGCGCACGUCUGUAUAUUCUCAGUAUAGAUUUUUUUUUUCGUUAUCUUUGUAGAAGCCGGUAGUGAGAAUGUAUGUAAUCUAUUAUAUAAGGAGCAGCCUUUUUCGAGCGUGAUUUUGUUUUGCCUUUUGUAAUCUAUUGUAUGUAAUGGGGGGUUUUGACACGUUUUCUCAU